GAAACGGGCUUCUCGGCGAGAGGCACGACGCGCUCUCGGCCGGACACGUGCCUAGCUGAACUUUUUUUGCUGGGCAUCGGCUUUGACGACGGAUUCCCAGAGGAUCGACGCAGAGACGCAGGCGGACCGUCGAUCAAGACCGAGCCUGCAGAGCGACCCGACGUGAGAAGCGCCUUCGACACAGCCGAGCGUAAAUGGCAAAGUCUGGGCAGAAGGGAAAGUCCGAGCAGAAGGGCAAGGCGGGGAAGAAGGGAAAGCUGGGCAAGAGGCCUCCGAGGCCGCUCAGGGCGGAUGAGCGGCCGGCGAUCAUCGAAUACGACGAUUCGAAGAGGAGAGACUACCUCACUGGAUUCCAUAAGCGCAAUCUCGAGCGGAAAAAGAAGGCGAUCGAAUACCACAUGGAGCAGGCCCGCCAAGAACGCCUGGCAGCAAGACGCGAGGCCAGGGGCCGGAUAGCCGGUGUACUGCCCGAGAUCGAGCGUAUCGAGGCCAUUCGCAAGGCUGCAUCGGGCGAGCUCGACGAGAGCCUGACGACCAAACGGACCAAGACACUGAAGGACAGAGACCUUAUCACAACUGUCACCAUCACCGAGUUCAACCCGGACACAGAUGGCCUCGAGUCGAUUAUCCAUGCCCGCGAUGACGAUGGCAAUGACGAUGACAGCGACGGCGGCGACAAUGAUGCAGAGGAUGGCAACGACAGCCAAAGCGACGGUUUUUACGACCGUGACGACCAAGACGACAUCGAAGGAGGAGCUGAGGCUGAGGACGCUGAUGCGGCGGAGACCACAAACGCUGGCUCGGGUGCCUCCAAGGCCUUUGCCAAUAAGAAGCACAAAAUCUCGCUCAGAAAGGUGCAUGCCAUGGGCAAGGCGAAAACCAAAACCAAGGCCAAUCCUUUCCGAGUCAACACCUCCAAGAGCGGCGGCAAGGUCGCCAAGGGAAAGGAUGCAGGCGGAAAAUCGGGCCAGCGCAAACGAAAGUAGUCUCGAGGCGCGAGCAGCGAGCCAGCGAGCACCCUGUUUGAGGUCACUUUUGGACCCUGAAUAUACGCACUCGCUCAUCACGGUCAACGGCCAUCUGCCUCGUGAAAGCAUGGCAAGGGGCCAAUGCAGUCAGCCCGUCGUCCGGGACCCCAAAGUACUUCGAACUGGUCAACCACGAUUCCUCAUUGGAAGGUCAUCCAUGCAGGCGCCAGGCGCGUGCUUUCGCUGCAGCCAAUGGAGCUCUCUACUAUCAC